AUGCUUGAACCAGGGGUUACUCAGUUCUUCAAAAAAUUGGAUAUUGGUUCGCUGGAUAUUGGGGAUUAUCUAGCAAUCGGUGCAAUAUUUGCUGCCACGGACUCUGUAUGUACAUUGCAGGUGCUUAAUCAGGAUGAGACGCCUUUACUCUACAGUCUUGUAUUUGGGGAGGGUGUUGUAAAUGAUGCAACAUCAGUGGUACUUUUUAAUGCAAUCCAGAGUUUUGACCUCAAUCAUAUCGACCCCAGGAUUGGUUUGCAUUUUAUUGGCAACUUCUUUUAUUUGUUUCUCACAAGCACAAUGCUUGGGGUGAUAACUGGGCUGCUUAGUGCAUACAUCAUCAAAAAGCUGUAUUUUGGAAGGCACUCUACAGAUCGUGAAGUUGCUCUUAUGAUGCUCAUGGCAUACCUUUCAUAUAUGAUGGCUGAAUUGUUCUAUUUGAGUGGCAUUCUCACGGUAUUCUUUUGUGGGAUUGUGAAGUCCCAUUACACCUGGCACAAUGUGACUGAGUGUUCACGAAUCACUACCAAGCAUGCUUUUGCAACCCUUUCAUUUGUUGCUGAGAUCUUUAUCUUCGUUUAUGUUGGAAUGGAUGCCUUGGACAUUGAAAAGUGGAGAUUUGUCAGUGGCAGUCCUGGAACAUCUGUUGCAGUGAGUUCAAUACUGCUAGGUUUGAUUAUGGGAGGAAGAGCAGCCUUUGUUUUCCCCUUAUCAUUUUUAAUCAACUUAGUUAAAAAAUCUCCAAAGGAAAAAAUCAACUUCAGGCAACAAGUGGUAAUAUGGUGGGCUGGUCUCAUGAGAGGUGCUGUGUCUAUAGCACUCGCUUAUAAUCAGUUCACAAGGUCAGGGCAUACUCAAUUGCGAGGAAAUGCAAUCAUGAUCACCAGCACCAUAACUGUUGUUCUCUUCAGCACAGUGGUGUUUGGUUUGCUGACUAAACCUCUUAUUAGGUUCUUGCUUCUACAUCCAAGACACACAGCCAGCAAGGUACAGUCAGAUCCGUCUACUCCAAAAUCUGUAACUGUGCCUUUUCUUGGAGAGGGGCAGGAUUCUGUGCCUCUUCUUGGAGAGGGGCUGGAUUCUGAGUUUGACCUUCCUGAAAUUACCCGACCAAGCAGCAUACGUGCACUCCUGGCAACUCCUACGCACAUUGUUCAUCGAUACUGGCGUAAAUUCGACGAUGCCUUCAUGCGCCCCGUAUUUGGUGGCCGGGGUUUUGUUCCCUUUGUUCCUGGGUCACCAAACGAACGGAGUUUUAAUCAAGGGCAAUGAGAAGGCGGCCAAGCAAAGAAUGUAGAAUGUGUUGUAGAUUGCAUACAUCUUCUGGACAGUAAGGCACCACAUGCCUUUGAACCAGCUUGUGAAAUAUUUGCUUCUGCACUGCGAAUAUCUCAGCGGGAAGGCCCAGAGAACAUAAAGGAUGUGGAUACAAUAGGGUAGCGGGAUGGCUGUGCACCAUAAUCUUUUGAAACUGCUGCAUAUCAUGUAUAGCUGAUUGUACCAAUCAAAAAGAAAUCAUUUAGAGCU